UACACACACAUCCACAUGCUCUAAGCACUCUGCAUGGACACAUUCACGAAUAGCUCCAGGCAGCGGGAGAAGAGCAGGCAGAAAGCGGAGGCUGAAUGAAGGGUUCCAUGGCACACAGUACAGAGACAACACCUUCAAUGUCCUUUCUGACUUUCAUGGGGAACUAGGCCAUUCAUAUCCGGCUUUUCGUAUACUUUCAGCAGUAGCAACUGCCAUCAGGACAGCCCAAACAUGGGUGGAAGUCAUUUACUGUAUGUAGCGAUGCCUCUCUUGCACCUCAGAUACUGAUAAUGAUAAUGCAGAGACUAGCAGUACUGCAGUAAGAAAAACACAAUGAAUAGAGAGGAACAAUGCAGCAGCAGAAACAUAAGGUCCAUGGAAAAGCAGCUUGAGUGUGAAAGUGCAAAGUGCAAAUUGGCCUACCAGGAUGGAAACUUGGCCCAACCUUCAUCCAACCAACUAGUGCGGGGCCAAUGGGCCAACAAAAUGGAAUUUCUCCUAGCAGUAGCCGGCCAGAUCAUUGGCUUGGGUAAUGUGUGGAGGUUUCCAUACUUGUGUUACAAAAACGGAGGAGGGGUGUUCUUCAUUCCUUAUGUGCUGUUCCUGUUUUCCUGUGGCAUCCCACUCUUUCUGUUGGAGACCUCUCUGGGGCAGUACACAAGCCAGGGAACAGUCACUUGUUGGCGAAAGAUAUGCCCUCUUUUUGAAGGUCUGGGCUAUGGAAGCCAAGUUGUGGUUUUGUACUCCAGCAUUUAUUACAUCAUCAUUCUGGCCUGGGCAUUCUUUUAUCUGUUCUCCUCCUUCAAAUCUGAGUUGCCCUGGGCAAACUGUCAAAACCCCUGGAACACAGGUAUUGCCGUCCUCAUCUUAACUUACAUCCAUCUUUAUUUUAAUGGCUUUCUUGUCACCAGCACUUACCCAUUUUAUGUUGCAACAGAGAACUGUAUGGAGUUUGACAAAGCCAGAGGCCUACUCAACUUUACAGUUUUUGAAAAUGCAACAUCACCAGUGAAAGAGUUUUGGGAGAGAAGGGUUCUGAAUAUCACAGACAAUGUGUAUGAAAUGGGCAAUAUGAGAUGGGAGUUAGCCCUGUGUCUUCUUCUGUCAUGGAUUCUUUGCUACUUCUGUGUGUGGAAAGGGGUGAAGUCCACAGGCAAGGUGGUGUACUUCACAGCUACCUUCCCCUACGCGAUGUUGGUGGUGCUGUUGAUUCGGGGGCUCACACUACCUGGGGCAGUGGAUGGCAUCAAGUUCUACCUCUACCCUGAUCCAGCACGCUUGGCUGACCCUCAGGUGUGGAUGGAUGCUGGCACACAGAUUUUCUAUUCUUAUGCAAUUUGCAUUGGAUGCCUGACUGCGCUGGGCAGUUACAAUAAGUACAACAACAACUGUUACAAAGACUGUGUUUACCUGUGCCUAUUAAACAGCGGGACCAGUUUUGUGGCUGGUGUUGCAAUUUUCUCUGUAUUGGGGUUCAUGGCUUAUGAGCAAAAAACGAAUAUCUCAAUGGUAGCAGAAUCAGGUCCGGGCUUGGCUUUCAUUGCCUAUCCCCGAGCAGUUGCCAUGAUGCCUUUACCUCAACUUUGGGCCAUAUGUUUCUUCAUUAUGAUCAUAUUGCUUGGGCUGGACAGUGAGUUUGUAGGCCUGGAGGCUUUGAUGACCACCAUCACAGAUAUGUUCCCCAACUUCUUCCACACGGGCAAGCACAGACGCAAGAUCCUUCUACUCAUCAUCAGUAUAGCGAGCUUCCUCAUUGGCUUAGUGAUGGUCACUGAGGGUGGGCUGUAUGUUUUCCAGCUUUUCGAUUACUAUGCCUGCAGUGGAAUGACUCUGCUAAUGUUUGCUUUUUUCCAGUCUGUAUGCAUUGGAUGGGUUUAUGGUGCUGACCACCUGUAUGACAACAUAGAAGAUAUGAUUGGGUAUCGGCCUUUGCCUCUGAUUAAGUAUUGUUGGAAAUAUGUCACACCUGUAGUCUGCUCUGGUACAUUUGUGUUCUCCCUCAUCAAAUACAGCCCGCUGAAGUUCAACAACACCACUGAAUACCCGUGGUGGGGUUAUGCCAUUGGUUGGUGGUUCACCCUCUCCUCUACUUUGCUUGUGCCCCUUUGGAUGAUAUAUGUAAUUAUUUCUACUCCUGGAAGUCUACGACAGAGGCUUCGGACACUGUGCACUCCAUCUUUGGACCUUCCUGAGAACCUGACCCAAAAGAACGCCAUCCACUGCCCUCAGAACCCUGAGUGUGGGGUUCCAUUCCAGAAAUCAGAGACAGCAGCCUGGAACAAGUUCAGAGACACUGGCCCGCUUUAGAUAUCUUGGAAAGUAUUAGUAUAUAGUAAGAAUCACACUAAGCUCUGGUAGAACAGUCACAGUUUAACCUAUUUUCAUACUGAUCUCCUGUGGUUAGCUGGUGAAGUGUUUGAAGUGUUGAAGUGGUUAGUGUUCACCAGUAACAUCUAGAGUGAGUGAUUUCAGGAAUGUCUUUCUUAAAUAUUUGAUGUCCUUUUGAUGGGGGAUCAACAAGAAGACUAAUUUUUGGCAUUUUUAUGAAGGUUUUUUUCUGAUGAAUGUUGGUCUUUUCCGGUGCUUAUAUAGGUGUCCAGGAACAAUUCACAACUUAAAACAAUGACAGGACCUGUUGAAAGCUCUUACUUCUCAAAGUCUUUACUGUAUCCUCUUCGCAUACUUCAGAAAAAGUUCAGAGUAGAUGGAAGAUUCCCUUAAUGUGUGUGUGUGUGUGUGUGUGUGUGUGUGUGUGUGUGUGGAGGUGUGUAUGUGUUGCUAUUAUAGCAUUAUUACAUGCCAAAUGUCGGCAUAACCGUAUGGCCUUUAACCAGAAGUGCCAUGGUCGUAUUUACUUGGUAUAUCAUAACCAAGACAGGAUAUUGUGCAUUAUGUUUUAUAACAUACCAGAAAUAUUUAAGUGAACACUCGGAAGGGUAUUGGUUCUUCCAUGUAGGGAAAAUAGAAUAGUUAAAAGUAGAAUAGUUUCUCCUUGAUCAUGUGUUCUUUAAUACAUAUAGAUCAUGGAAUGUGCCAACACAUGAUCAGAUAUCCCUCCUGGAACAUUGACAGUCUGUGAUUUAAGUGCAUGAGCCGUGUAUGGGUAAAAGGUGUAUAUGUCUUUGUUAUCACACUCGUACUCAUCUGAUAUGUGAUUUUCACAUAAUAAAUAUGAAGAUAAAUAUGUCAAAAGCCAUGAUUCAUUGCUGCUCAGUUGGGACCAGUUAAUGUGGAUGACAGUUUAUUCCCCUUUGUGUACACCUUUGAUGUUUUUAUUGGUUGUUCUUUUUCCCUUGGAGCAAAAUAGCCGUGAUUGUGUAACAGUGACUGCCAGCCGUUUGAAUAUUUAAUAAGAUUCCUGCAGCCUUUGGGGAACUGAAUGCCAGUUUUUAUUAAUUUUAACCGUGUCUUUUUUCCCCCAUAUUUUCUUGUUCCUUCCUUAAGCCCUGCCUUCCAAUUUCUGUAGCUCUGACUCUGCUUUUGGUAGAAUAUUAGCAAUUUUUUGGUGUUUGUCGUAUUUAUGUGUUGCUGUAACUGAACAAUGUUUGCUGUAUGUAUGCUGGUGAGGUGUUGACACCUACCUUUGACUCUGGAAUGUUAACACAUUGAUUUUUUAAUGCUCUGCAAACAUAGACAUGACAUAAGGUCAAAAUAAAUGUGUGAGCUGUUG